AUGGCAGCAAUCGGUUUCUUCGAGGAUCUCCAGCUCAAAUUCUUCUCAUCCAGCAAUAGUACCUUCAUUGAUGAUUCCAACAUUAUUCUGCCUAGUGUCCCCCGUCUCGGACUCGCUAGCUGUGCAGAGCCCCGGUCCUCCGUCGUACGUAUGUUCCCGAACAUUGAGGAGCUCUACCUGCAGGAAAUACAGACUAUCUCCGCGCAGUCUACAUGCUGGCCGAAGCUGGACUUCACGUAUUACUCUGAUCGUCCUAGGGGUACCAUAGAGAUGGCAUUUGGACCGAAUGGCACCAUUGACCUAAACCCAACGCCACCCCUGAUCUCGCAUAGCCUAGCAACGCUUGUGGAAGCAGUGGAAGCAGUUUCUCCUGUUGUACUCGCACUUACCAUAGACAUGCAAAGCGUCGACAUAAACUUCUGGAAAGAUCUUGCUGUGCUGGAUCCAUACGACCCUCGUCUGGUCUUUGCGUUCUUCGCCGGCAUCGCCUCCCUUGCUGCCGUGGCGACAGCCCAGAGUGCCUUGAUCUCAUCCCCAACGAACGGCGCCGUCAUCGCGUCUGGUGCCAACUUCACUGUUCAGGUAGAGGAAGGGGACUACCCCGAAAACUUGAAUCAAGUUGGAAUCGUCCUCGGGCUCGCCUCAUGCCAGCAGGUAGACUGCAACGCAUACAAUGCGUCGCAGGAAGUUGGCGAUCUCCUGUACCUCGGACCCUUCAACCCACAGUUCGGGUCUGGGGGACCGCCGUCCGGUGCGCCCUUUGAGAACUUCAGUGUGCAAGUGCCAGCUGGAACGUCGGGAGCAUAUGCGCUCAGUCUAACGCAAUUGGAGCUCGUCGGAGCAUCGCACAUGCGAGUGUACGAAGUCAGUAACAUCGUUGUCGAGAUCCAGUGA